AUGGAAAGACUUAAAAAGUCACCUUUGGUCUUCCUCUACCAAGAACCUUACUGCUCUUCUCAUAGUUUCCUAACGAAACCUUUCUACAACACCUACCUGAAAACCGCUUAUUCUUUAUGCACAAAGUCGAACGACGUCUCUUGUCGCAACCGUACCCCGGCACCAGACUUCAAAGACUACGGAAACGGUGCGGAUGAAGACCACUCUGAAAAUCCUUUCGGGAAGUACAAACCCGUGAUGACUCUGUCUGGAGCCAGCAAGGUUUCAGUGACUCUCAAAAUAGAUCCGCCUCCCAAGGACGUGAUGGAAUUCAUUGGGGCAAUAGCAGACUUGGAGUUUACCAGACAUUGCAACUUACUUGAGUACGGACCCUGUCGAAUGCUCAUCGUCGCACGAGCUGUUCAUGGGUUUUCGGGGUUGGCUGGGAAUGCUUCCAAGGGCGUCAUCGGAGCUACUUUGGAUGCUCCACCGAGUCAGCCGCAGAAUGUCGCGGUGGAAUGCUUCGCAGACCCGGAGUUUCCGGUUUUGCGGGUUCGCUGGGACCCACCGAAGGAAGUUGGGGGUAAAAUAGUCAAAUAUAAGAUGAAGGUUGUGAUGUCAGCAAUCUAUGAUGAUGAAGAAGGGUACAAUCAGCACACUGUUGAUGACUUGGAAGUGCAGACGAUGGGGAAUGAAACUAGGCAAACUGUUCUGGGCACUCCGAAUACCAACUAUUCUAUUACUGUGACGGCUUUGACUCAAGCUGGUCCAGGUGAAUGGAGUCACCGAAGCAAAGAAUCGCAGUGUUUCAUGCAACCAGGCUUGCCAUCUUUCAUCCCGGCGUCAAAAUGGCGGCCUUUUUCAGAGUCCGGUGAACGCAGAAUUUUCAUGCUCAUGCCAAGGAGAGUUUCUCAAAGAAACGGACCAAUUUGUUGCUAUAGAGUCGUCUUGGUGCGAUUUCCGGGAAAAGUUGGGAAAGACGCGUUUCCUGAUCCAGAAAAUGUCACUUUGAGGACGUAUGAAGAAGCGCAUGAGGUUGAGAACAAUACUUAUGGUGCUUACGUGGCUGAAAUGUUUGGACCACGAGAGUUGCCAGAUGUGAUCAUGCUUGGGGAUGAGUUGCCAGCUCCUUCAGCAAAAGCCUGUCAGCUGUGUUUUUCAGUGGGUGCCAUCAGAAGACACGCGAGGUCGAAAGACUCUAGUCAUCCCCAUCACCACAGACGAGAACGGAAUUUUUAUCACGAAGCCCUGACAUCACCCGUUUUGGAUGCUGAAGACGGGAUUCUCAGCACUGAGUCGACUUACUGGGGUUUCAUGGAAGUUAUUGUUCAAAAGCCGGAUGGUCACGCAGGAGUGAAAAGGAGUCGGUAUUUUGCGAUGGAUGAAGCACCGGUUCCGGGUUUGAGUGCGAGAGAAGGACCAGGUACGAGUUUCAGCACUUCGAAACUCGUGCCAAUUAUCUCUGGCAUUUUGCUGGGUGUUUUGGUCGUUGGGUUUUUGCUCAUUGGGAUUUUCUUCGCGUUGAGGAAUUAUUCCAAGCUCUUGGCGGCUGGACAAGGCGUGGAACAUUCCUUCAGCUUCUCUGUCAGACACAUGUGGGCGAGUUUGCGAGGGAAUCCGGAAGGGAUCCCGUUGUCUCAACCCCCGCCACCCGACAGAUCCCCGAUCCCAAAGUCGAAAUUGGUGCCGGCCUUCGUCACCAGACACAGGGACGGUGACGCGGGUUUCCGCAGUGAAUUCGAGCUGUUGCCCGAUCGAUUCGCCGACAGAACGACGCAUUCUUCGGACGACUUGAACAACAGCGGGAAGAAUCGUUACCCGGACAUCAAAGCCUAUGAUCAGACGAGAGUCACGUUGAGCAAAACGGGAACGACGGAAGAGCACGCGUGUUCGGAUUACAUUAAUGCGAAUUUCGUCGUGGGCUUCAAGGAGAGGAAGAAGUUCAUUUGCGCUCAAGGUCCUUUGUUGGGAACGGUGAAUGAUUUUUGGCGAAUGAUUUGGGAGUACGAGGUGCAGCUGAUGAUCAUGUUGACGAAUUUCGAGGAGAACCGGAAAGUCAAGUGUUGCCACUAUUGGCCCGAAGAAGGCACUGAAACGUAUGACUAUGUGCUUCGGAGGUUGAGAGCAGAGAAAGGUGAAGGCGAGUCGAAGGAGACCCGAGAAGUGGCCCAUUAUCAUUACCUCGUGUGGAAAGAUUUCAUGGCACCCGAACACCCCAGUGGUGUUUUGAAAUUCCUCAAAAGAAUCAACUCUGUUUACACGCCCGACAAGGGGCAAAUUCUCAUUCACUGCAGUGCUGGUGUUGGAAGAACAGGGACCCUGGUUGCCCUGGAUUCUUUGCUCCAGGAGAUGAAUGAAGAAGGAAAGGCGUCUGUCUUCAACACUGUGUCCGAGUUGCGGCACCAAAGAAACUAUUUGGUUCAGUCUUUGAAACAAUACAUAUUCGUGUAUCGUGGCCUGAUGGAAUACGCUCAAUUCGGGGACACGGAAGUUGCUCAAGGAGAGCUGCGGGAAAACUACCAGAGGAUGAUCCAGCGUCCUUCCAUGGAAUUUGGCAGUGGGAAAGGGAUUUCGCCCAUGCAAGAAGAAUUUUCGCGAUUGGCGGAGGCCGUGGAAGACCCCAAGCCCAUCACUUACGCCACGAAUGAGCAGAACGAGGAGAAGAAUCGUUGUUCUGCGAUAGUUCCGUAUGACCAGAACCGAGUCAUCCUGAGUCCCGUGUUCUCCAAGCCCGACGAAACGUAUAUCAAUGCUUCCUUCAUUCAGGGUUACGACCACUCGAUGAGUUUUGUGAUCACUCAAGACCCUCUGAAAUCGACACGGGUGGACUUUUGGCGGAUGGUGCUGGACCAUAAUGUGACUACCCUGGUGAUGUUGUCCGAGUGUGAGUGUGAGGCUGACGGGGACGAGGCGGGGUUGUGUGAUGACGAUGAUGAGCGAGACGCGCUCACUGCUGCUGCGGACGUGAUGUGUCCCCAGUACUGGCCCGACAGUGCUGACGAGGACGUCACUUUUGACCACAUCCGGGUGUCGCUGGCGAAAAUUGACACGUUGCCCAUGUUCAUCAAGAGGACCCUGACUGUGACUAAUGUCAAGAAUGGGGAGACAGUCACUGUGAAGCAGUUUCAGUAUCUGGGCUGGGCAGAUUCUGAAUACGCAGAUCCAGCAGACAAGACAGUUUCAGCAGUUCCAGAAUCUACCAGUGGCCUGUUGGAAUUGAAUAGUCAGAUUUCCAGGACUCAAGAAACUUCCCAAGAAGUUGGGAUUGUCGGUGUGCAUUGCAGAUUUGGAGGGGAUCGGAGUUCUGUGUUCGUGUGUUUAUGCAUUUUGCUGCAGCAGCUGAGGACUGAAAGAGCUGUAGACGUUUUCCAGACUGUUAGAAACCUGAGGUCUCAGCGUCCAGGCAUGAUUCAGCAUCUUGCCCAGUACGAGUUUUUAUACAAAGCUUUGGUGGACUACUCAGACAAGGAAAGUCCUUGAAAAGAAAAAAAAUUCCGUGAGGACCAAGAAACAGUUUUUUUUUUUUGUUAUGUGUUUUUUCCAAGGGCCAGCAUUGCUUUAGGGUGACAUCUGUGGCAAAGGAGACUAGGAUGUGCCAUGGGAGGGGUCACUGGGAUGGAAAUUGAACUCGGGAGGAUGGAUCGUGACUCAAUUGUUGUUCGUUUGUUUGUGUGUGUGUGAGUGUUUUUUGAAAGUCUGCUGCACUUUGAAGCAAAGUGCCUUCCCAGAAGAAAAGAAAAGAAAACAAAGAUUUACCGAAUAGUCAAAAAAGAAAGAUUUUUGUGGGAUUUCUCAAAAUUAAUGCUGUUUGACUGAGGUUUGAACGAACAGUGGCAAUAUUUGUCUCAAUGCAAGAGGCUGUUUUAGGAAUUGCAGUUUUUUUAUUUUAAGAAAUCUCAUUUCAAAUUGAAUGGUCAGUUUUUGGUGUAGAUGUCGCUGGUAUUUAUGAGAUCAAUAUUGCUACUGAUUUGGUUCCCUCGAGAGGAAUACCAAGUGUAUCCAGACAUUAAGAAACGGAAAGAAAGAAAUCCUUGCAGCAGUUCUCAAGUGGGGGAGAAAAAGUUUGUAAAUACCUUAGAUCAAGCGACUCUGUGUUCAGGAAAAUAUGGCGCAAUGAAUGUUUCUGUUGUGCGUGUGUGUGUGUGUAAGGGGGAGGGGAUUUAUGACAAAAGAGGGUUUGUGGAAGGGUUUGGGUUGGGGGUGCAAAAAGAAAGAGGGAAAAAAGUCGUGAUAGUGAAGCUGGGCAAUUCUCCAUCCCUCUCUCUCUCUCCAUUCCAAGUCAGACCCUUGUGUUUUCUUUUUGAAGGCUAUUUUCUCACAGGGUAUAGAUUUUUCUACUGCUCUUCCACUUGCAUUUUUUCACCUCUGAAAAGAAAGGCGUGUAAAUAAGCUGCCAUUCCAUGUGUUCUUCCAAGUGAUUUUUAUGCUGCUCUCUAUAUUCACAUGCAUGUGUGGUCCCCCCCCCCCCCUUCCCCUGUGAGGCUUGU